AUCUUGUUCCUCAAUUUGUUUUGUUUUCUCUCUCCUCAUCUACAUUUUUUUCAAAACUUAAAAGAUUUCCCAGUAAAAUAAUUACGAAAAUUUAAAUAAAUAAUUGCUUAAUUUUUUUUUUUUUUAAUUAUUAAGAACUGCUCAAUUUAAACUUGGAUAUUACAAGUUCCCACGAUUACGUCUUCUCAAUAGACGACUAAUUAAACUCUUUGCUCUAACUUUCAUCUAUUUAAUCCGUAACAUUUCUAUUUCUAAAUUCUCCAUUUUUCUUCCAAAUUACCCUUCAAUUUUUCUGGGUUUUUAUUCAUUUAUUGAAUUUUAUUGUUAAUUGAUCCAAUUGUUGGGCUAAUUUAUCUGGGCUCACCCCAGUUCAUGUAACUGGGGGAGCUAGCAUCUCAAUUAUUCAAGGUUGACAGAAUUGUGAGCUCUUACAAAAUGAAGGGUGCUGUAUUUGUUGCUCUGGCUGCUACCAUUGGUAAUUUCCUACAAGGGUGGGAUAACGCGAUGAUUGCUGGGGCUAUUCUUUACAUCAAGAAAGAACUUGAACUAUCGACUUCAAUGGAAGGACUUGUCGUGGCAAUGUCUCUCAUUGGAGCCACUGUUAUAACAACAUGCUCAGGGGCUAUAUCAGAUAGUAUUGGUCGGCGUCCUUUGCUCAUACUGUCUGCAUUAUUUUACUUUGUGGGAAGUUUGGUGAUGUUGUGGUCACCUAAUGUCUAUAUUUUGCUUUUAGCAAGGUUGUUGGAUGGUUUUGGAAUAGGGUUGGCUGUGACCCAAGUUCCUGUCUAUAUUUCCGAGACUGCACCACCAGAGAUUAGAGGAUCUUUAAACACACUUCCUCAGUUUACUGGCUCUGGUGGAAUGUUCUUAUCAUAUUGUUUAGUCUUUGGGAUGUCACUCAUGGCAUCGCCUAGCUGGAGAAUAAUGCUUAGUUUUCUUGGGAUCCCUUCGGUUUUUUAUCUUUUGUUUGCGUUCUUCUACUUGCCUGAAUCACCAAGGUGGCUUGUCAGCAAGGGAAGGAUGUCUGAAGCGAAGAAGGUUUUAAUGAGAUUACGUGGCAAAAAAGAUGUCUCAGGUGAAUUGGCUUUGCUCGUUGAAGGCCUUGGUGUUGGGAAUGAAACUUCUGUAGAAGAGUACACUUUAGAACCAUCAGAGGAGACAGAGAUUGCUACCGAUAAAGACAAGAAAAAGUUAUAUGGAGCAACAGAAGGCCUUUCUUGGAUUGCAAAACCUGCUACUGGACAGAGUACUCUUGGCCUUAGGUCCCGUCAUGGAAGCAUGGUGAACCAAAGUUUUGUUGACCCUCUUGUGACUCUCUUUGGAAGUGUCCAUGAAAAGUUCCCUGAACAAGGAAGUAUGAAAAGUAUCCAUAAUUUUGGCAGCAUGGUUAGCACUGCAGAUGUUGAUGCUCACAGAGAUCAGUGGGACGAAGAAAACCAAGAUGGGGAAGAUGAUUACGAACCAACAGCUGAGCCAGCAGAAGGGGAGGAUUUUGAUGAUGAUGAUUUGCAUGCUCCAUUGAUUACACACCAAACAAGCAUUUAUAAGGAGGAUGACGGUAUUCCUCCAGUCUCUCAUGGUACUGUUAUUGACUUGGGUGGUGGAAACAUCUGGCAAGGUGCAGGGGAAGAUGUAUCAUCUACAGAUAUUGGAGGGGGUUGGCAGUUGGCAUGGACAUUAGAGGGUAGAGAAGGCGAAGAUGGACAGAAAGAGAAAGAGUUUAAAAGGGUUUAUCUGCAUCAGGAUGGAGGGAUUGCUUCUAUGCGUGGUUCUCUUCUUUCACUUCCUGGUGGUAUUUUCGAGGGAGAUGAAGACUGUGUUCAGGCGUCAGGGCUUGUAAAUAAUCCUGCACUGAAUUCCAAGGAGCUUUUGGAUCAAUAUCCUGUAGGUCCUGCAAUGGUCCAUCCAACUGAAAUUUCUUCUCAAGGACCUAGCUGGAAGGCUCUACUUGAACCAGGAGUCAAGAGGGCAUUAGUCGUUGGAAUUGGUAUUCAAAUGCUUCAGCAGUUUGCUGGUAUAAAUGGUGUACUAUAUUACACCCCACAAAUUCUCGAGGAGGCAGGAGUGGGAGUUCUUCUAUCUGAUCUAGGGAUCAGCUCUACAUCUGCCUCAUUCCUUAUCAGUGCACUGACGACCUUCUUGAUGCUUCCUUGCAUCGCCGUUGCUAUGAGGCUUAUGGAUAUCUCUGGUAGAAGGUCACUGCUGCUUGCUACUAUUCCGGUGUUGAUAGCAUCAUUGGUCAUCCUAGUAAUUAGCUGCUUUGUUAGCAUGGGCAACGUGAUUCAUGCUGUUAUCUCAACCAUUUGUGUCAUUGUAUACUUCUGCACUUUCGUCAUGGGUUAUGGACCCAUACCGAACAUAUUAUGUUCUGAGAUCUUCCCAACUCGAGUCCGUGGUGUUUGUAUUGCAAUCUGUGCCUUAGUUUUCUGGAUAUGCGAUAUUAUUGUCACCUACAGCUUGCCUGUGAUGCUUACUUCUAUCGGCUUGGGCGGCAUCUUCGCUUUGUAUGCUGUCGUUUGUGCCAUCUCUUUGGUGUUUGUCUACCUGAAGGUCCCAGAAACAAAGGGUAUGCCUCUAGAAGUUAUCACAGAGUUCUUUACGGUUGCAUCUCAAUUGAAAGCUGCUGACUGAGUAGAAAGAACUGAUGAUAAGUGAGCAAACAAUUGAGCAGAGAAGUCAUUUUCUUGUAGAGAUUAGUUGAUUGUCAUGAUGGAACUAAUUUCGAUUCAAAUACAGUUAAAUAUAGAAAAUGAAAGCUUUUCUGUUUAUCAAUUUUGUAUUCUCCCUUAAAAUUUUACAUAAUGAUCAUAAUAAUUUACAUCCUUUCCCA